AUGUUCGUUCGCUCCGUCACCCGGGCUGCUGCUCGCAGCACGGCCAUGCCGAUGCCUGCCACUCGCUCCUACCGCACCGUUUCUGGCCCCAUGGCUUGUGCCAACGCUCGCCCUCAAGUUGAGCAGAAGUCCAUCGCUCCCCAGCAGAUCCGCGCCUCCUCCGAGCACGCCAUUGCCAAUCCCACACUCGCCGGUAUCGAGAAGCGUUGGGAGGUCAUGCCUCCCCAGGAACAGGCCGACCUGUGGAUGCAGCUGAGGGACCGCAUGAAGGUUGAUUGGCACCAGAUGACCGUCCAGGAGAAGAAGGCUGCCUACUACAUUGCCUUCGGCCCUCACGGGCCCCGCGCUCGCCCUCCCAAGGGUGAGGGUUUCAAGAUCUUCCUGAAGGUCACCCAGCUCACACUCGCCUCUUUCGCCAUCUUCUACGCCAUCCAUCUGUUCGCUAAGCCCCAGCCCAAGACCAUGAGCAAGGAAUGGCAGGAGGCCAGCAACGAGUACGCUCUGCGCGAGAAGAUCAACCCUCUCUACGGUAUCAGCAGCGAGGGCUACGAGGGCAAGGGCUUCGUUCAGAGCCCCCCGGCUGAGAAGUCAUAA